AUGCUGACCGAAUUCGGCGAAACAUGUGGAUGCAUCGGUCUUCAGCUGAAUCUGCAAAAGACGAUGUUUAUGCGGAACGGAUGGGUCUCGGAUUCUCCAUUCUCGCUCAACGGAACGAACAUAUCCGAAUGCACCAGCUACGCUUAUCUGGGUCGGGAGUUGAACAUGAUGAACGAACUGACCCCCGAGCUGGGCAAGAGGAGACGAGCGGCUUGGGGAGCGUAUAAGAGCAUCGAGGAUGUAGUGAAGAAAACCAGAAAUACCCGGCUCAGUGCUCACCUCUUCAACACCACCGUACUUCCUGCUUUGACCUAUGUUUCGGAAACCUGGACUUUUCGCGAGCAGGAAGAAGGCGGGGUAAGCGCUAUUGAGCGCGCAGUUGAGAGAGUGAUGGUAGGAGUAUCCCAGUUCACGCAAUUGAGAGGGACGGGAUUCGAAGUUCUCUUCUACGUCAGCGAUGGAAGAUUAAAGACGCUCAAAGUUUGCCAAGGAAAGUAA